AAACUUCUACAGAAUCAAAUAGACCAGCUAUCACAAAAAUACGAAAUAGCUAUAGAUCAAAAUUUCACUUUACAAAAACAAGACCAUUCCAAAUCUGAACUUAUCAACUAUAUCAACAAAACUCACGAAGAUACCAUUAUGAAGCUUGACCACCUAUCAGAAAUUACAGUUACGCUUGGAGAAAGCUUUAGAAAUAACUAUGAUAAAAUUAGAAAUGAAAUUAAAGAUUUAAAUAGGUUACACCAAGUAAUGAUAAACACUACCGAUGGUGAUAUUGACACUAAGAGUAGUACACUAAGAAAAGUAGAGUUUGGAAUGCACCAAAUUUUGGCGGAGGUGUCCAAGUAUUCGAAAGAAUGUGCUAUAAGUAUUAUUCAAGAAUCAGUGUCGAACAGAUUAGAUACUUUUAAAACAUCAAUUUUGGAUCCAGAAACUGGAGCUCUAGCUAAUGCAACAUCAAAGAUAAAAGAGGACAUCCAACAAGUUUUGCACAAAAUAGGAAUAAUGCAUCAACAAAUGAGAAGUCACGCAGUUGCCCUAAAUCAAUUGGAUAAUUGUAAAGUUAUUGAAAUAAGGCACUUGCUAAGGAGUAAAUAUGACACUGAUGAGGAAACACAAAGUUUUGAGCAAGGACCCCAUCUAUAAUUGGAUGCUUCAGAAGUCAAACGGUGUAAGUCAUAGUUGUAACACAUAUUAUUAUGUAUAAGAAUAUUACAAUUUCCUUGUUUUGUAUUUAUGAAUAUAUAUUACAUAAUAUAUUAUGAUCAAUAAAGACCGUUUACUUAUUUUUAAUAACUACAUAAAUAUAUUUCUGCAACUGUUUUCAGAAACAUCUUAGUAUGUAUCUCAUUUUAAACACAUUGACUUACACCGGUUGGCUUCUGAGGCAUGAAAUUAUCAUUGAUUGCUAUUUUUGUUUGAGAUAAAUGUGCUUUAUUAAUAUGGAUAAACUGAAUUAUAGAGGGUGUAACAAAAAUACAGGUCAUAAACUAAAUCUCAUAUUCUGGGACCAAAAAUAGUUCGAUUGAACCUAUGUUACCUUAGUACAAAUAUGCACACAAAGAAAGUUACAGCCCUUUGAAGUUACAAAAUAAAAAUCGAUUUUUUCCGAUAUAUCGAAAACUAUUGGAGAUUUUUUAAUGAAAAUGGACAUGUGGCAUUAUUGUGGCAGGAGCAUCUCAAAAGGCCAUUAUAGUGAAAUUUGUGAACCCCAUAAAAAUUUUGUGGGGUUUUUGUUCCCUUCAACCCCCCAACCUUUUAUGUACGUUCCAAUUAAAUUAUUAUUGUCGUGCCAUUAGUUAAACACAAUGUUGUUAAAACUUUUAUGCCUCUCAAUAUUUUUUCGAUAAACCAGUUUUAAUCGAGAUGCGGCUUCUUUUUUAAUAUGUUUACAUAAAAAUUUUAUGGGGGUUUUGUGCCUUUAAUUAAACCCCCCAAAUAUUUGUGUACGUUCCAAUUAAACCAUUAUUGCGGUACCAUUAGUUAAACACAGUGUUUUUAAAACUUUUUUGCCUCUUAAUAUUUUCCCCAUAAGGCACCUUUUAUCGAGAUGUGGCUUCUUUUCUAAUAUGGUUCAAAAUAUACCUCAAACUGUAAUUUAUAAAUAAAUUUUCAUAUUAUUACCAGGUCUCUUUAAUCAUACGUGGAUUUAACAAAUAUGCAAAAUAUCUCGAUAAAAACUAGCUUUUCGGAAAAGUACUAAGAGGCAAAAAAGUUUUAAAAAUAUUGUGUUUAACGGUGCCACAAUGAUAAUUUAAUUGGAACGUACAAAAAAGUUUGGGGGGUUUAAGAGAACAAAACCCCCAUAAAAUUUUUAUGGGGUGCCCAAAUCUCACUAUAAUUUCUUUUUAAGAUGUUCAUGUCAUAAGAAUGCCACAUGUCCGUUUUCAAUAAGAAACCUAAAUUAGUUUUCGAUAUAUUGGAAAAGAUCGAUUUUUAUUUUGUAACUUCAAAGGGCUGUAACUUUUUUUAUGAGCACAUUUUUACUAAGGUAAGUUAGGUUAAAUCAAACUAUGUUUGGUCUCAAAAUAUGCGAUUUAAUUUAUGACCUGUAUUUUUGUUACACCCUGUAUAUUAAGAUGUGAGUUUUUAAAACAGUAAAUAAAAUCCAACGAGCCUUAAGGUGGCUUUCUCUUUCACAACUUAAAAACUUAAAUUAUUUUUUCUACAACCGUGUUAAAAAUGCAAUUUAUCUACUCUAUGUCAUAUAUUAUGUAUAAGUUUUUAGUUUAUGAAAACUGUCAUUAUAGAUAGCAGUGCGUGAAGGGUUUAAAGUGUGCGUGAAGUAACAAUGUAUUUUAAAUGGGAUUUACUUUUUCGCACUGUUUUUGACACACUUUCAUAUAUAUAAUCCGAUAUCCUUAACUUUCGCGUUGCCAUGGUGAUGACAUAAUGAGCAAUAAAGUACAACAAAAAUUUUGACAGUUUUGUGGUUUGAAAGAAGUUAGAAUUUUUAAAUGUCAAAAUUGUAAAAAUUCUAGAAUAAAAAUGAAUUCCAAUGACGAAGAGUUAAAUUUUUUUUAUUUGUUUAUCGUAGAUAAAAUAUUGUAUAAAACUGUGCGUGAAGUUCUUUUUGCGAACUUACGCGAUGUAUGGCACUUGCUCCGUUGUCGCUCGUGCUCUAAACAUCGCGUGCGUUCGCAAAAAGCAUACUUCACGAACUGUUUCAAAAAUAACUAUUUUAGCACUCCAUAGGAGCGUUAAAAAUGCUACUAUAAAGCACUAGUGCUUUAAAAUUUUUAAGGCACUGCAGUUAAAAGUGAAUUGUCAAAUUGUGAAACGUCAAAAUAUUUAUAUUUCAUUUAUUAACAUUAAUAUUAAUAGUACAACUUGCGCAAUUUGAAAAAGAUGGUUUAAAAGGUUUUUUAAAAUUCAAUUUAAACUAUAUUAUUGCAUUUUUAACACGUUUGUAGAAAAAAUCUAUUAAAACAUACAACAAUAAAAGUAAGAUGUUAUUCUUUAGUUGUUAUGAUUUACGUAUUGACAGUAUAGGCAGUUUUGAUAUAAUGUCAAGACAAAUAUAAAAAUGGAAUGUCAGUCAAGUUCAAGUAAAAGUUUUUGUAGAUAUUGUCCUGUAAUUGAGAAUGAAUAAAUUAUAAUUGUUGAUAUACAGUAAGAGCUGUGCUACCGGCCACCUGCCAUUAACGGCCAGUUUAAAAAUUCCCCAAACCAAUUAUAUGUAGACUACAAAAACUAGCAAUACCGGCCACCUUUCGGCCAACAAUAUCGGCCAAUAGUUCUUUCAUUUUUAGUGGCCGUUACCGACAGGUUUUACUGUAUAAGACGUUUGUAGAAAAAAUAUUGUAUGAUAUACGUGUUAAAAAGUAGAUUUGUAAGGCACUCAUGUGAAUUUUUCACAAACUUUCACAUGCGUGCAUUAAACGUGUACUUUUAACACUUAUGUCAUAAAUAACUAUUAAAAUACAAUAUAAAUACCGUUGCACGUCAUCUGCGUCAUAACACGUAUUACGUAUUGAGCUCCCUAAUAGCCCAGUCGGGAUAGCAUUUGACCUUGCAUUUGGAGCUGCCCCAAAUUUUAUUUUUCUACUCUUUAGGGAGGGUCAAUAUUAGCAUAAAUUUAAAAUCUCGACAGAAUUCCACAGUUGCGUUAGCCGCCAUCUUGAUUUUAAACGAGAACCGUUUUUGCUCAAUACCUCCGCCAUUUUCAAUUUUUUGACAAAAAGUGUAGAAACUGAAAUUGUUGAAAAUGCGAUUUUCUAUAAUUUAAUUUAUUAUAAUUUUUUUUGUGCGGUCGAUAUUUUCCGAGUUAUGAGGGGAAAAUAGUGACAGUUGUAGCAUAAUUAUUGAAUUAUUAAAUUAUCUCGUUUAUUAUUAGUUUUACAACAAAUAUAUACCUAUACAAAAAUGAAGAGAAUAAAAUUUUGUACAAUUUUGAUGCCGUUCAUUUUUUAAAUAAAAUCAAUAUUUAAGGUAGUACGUAUGUGGUAAAUGUGAGAGCGUAAGACCUGAUUGAUUUUGUAGCAAUUGUUUUUGUUCAAUAUCUCCGCCAUUUUCAACUUUUCGACAAAAAGUGUAAGAACUGAAAUUGUUGCAAUUACGAUUUACUACAAUUUUUCGAGAGAACCAGUGGCGGGUCUAGAAGGGGGAGAAAUGGAAAAAUUCCCCCCCAACAAGGUCCAAAAUUAAAAAAAAAUUGUUGAAACAUCAGGAUAUUUUAGCUGACAUAAAACUUAAAAACUGGCUUUUAGCCAAUAAAACCCGCUAGUUAAUAAAAUUAAUUGAACUUAAUGCAUAUAAUGUCUUUUUAUGUCUUUUAUAUACUUAGUUUGGUUGAUGUGUCAUUGGAAGUUUCAAAAAUUGUAUAAAAUAUAAUUCUCUUUAUUUUUGUUUAUGUACAAUUAUGUUGUAAAGUUCCCCUCCGCUUCCAUUAUUGUCCCCCUUAACUCGGAGAAUAUUGAUCGUAUAAAAUAAUUGUGCCAAAGAAAUUGUAGGAAAUUGCAUUUCCAACAAUUUUCUUUCCCACCAUUUAUGUCAAAAAGUUGAAAAUGGCGGAGAUAUUAAGCAACAACAGUUCUCAUUUAAAAUCAAUAUGGCGGCUAAUGCAACCGCGGAAUUCAGUCGAGAUUUUAAAUUUACACUACUAUUGAUCUCUCCUACAGGAUAGAAUUAUAAAAUUUGGGGCAGCUCGCAAACAAAAUUCAAUUCAAUAAUUAUGCUCCCCCCACCACUUUUUACUAUUUUCCCAUGUAACUCGGAAAAUAUCAACCGCAUGAAAAAAUUUGUUAAAAAUAAAUUGUAGGAAAUUAUAUUUUGAACAAUUUUAGUUGAAAAUGGCGUAAAUAUUGAACAAAAACAUUUGCUAUAAAAUCAAUCCGGUCUUAAGCUCGCGCCAUUACCGCAUACGUACUACCUUAAAUAUUAAUUUUAGCAAAAAAAUGAAAGAAAUCAAAAUUGUGUAGAAUGUAAUUCUCUUCAACGCAUUUCUAACAGAGAAGUCUUAAACAGAGUAGGUCAAGGCGAAGGUGACUUAAUGAAGAUGAUAAAAAAGAGAAAACUUGAAUAUCUGGGGCAUAUAAUGAGAGGUAGCAGAUACAGGAUGCUGCAGUUAAUACUCAAUGGAAAGAUCGACGGAAAAAGAGGAAUUGGUCGAAAGAAAUAUUCAUGGCUCCGAAACCUUCGUCAAUGGACUGGCUUAUCGGCAGAUCAAUUGUUACAUGCCGUACAAGAUCGAGAACGAUAUCGGCAAAUUGUUAUGGAAGCUACCCACGCCUAAAAAUUUGGGCACGGCACUUAAAGAAGAAGAAGUAAUUCUUUUCAUUUUUGUAUAGGUACAUAUUUGUUGUAGAGCUAACAAUAAACGAGAUAAUUCAAUAAUACAAUAAUUAUGCCCCAACUGUCACUAUUUUCCCCUCAUAACUCGGAAAAUAUCGACCGCACGAAAAAAAUUAUAAUAAAUGAAAUUAUAGAAAAUCACAUUUCCAACAAUUUUAGUUUCCACACUUUUUGUCAAAAAAUUGAAAAUGGCGGAGAUAUUGAGCAAAAACGGUUCUCAUUUAAAAUCAAGAUGGUGGCUAACGCAACGGUGGAAUUCAGUCGAGAUUUUAAAUUUGGACUAAUAUUGGCCCUCCCUAAUGAUUAGAAAAAUAAAAUUUGGGGCAGCUCCUAAUGCAAGGUUAGGCCUGUUAUUCGUCUAACCCGACUGGACUAUAAUAAUCUGUCGAUCUUAUGCCAAUUUCUGUCUUAGAAUUCGUUUUUUGUUUUCGCUGCCUCCUUCUUGGAUAUAUAGCAGUAUCUUUUGUACGUUUGUUUGUCUUCUAGGUUUUUUGAGGCUAGCCGUAAAACAGAUCUUCUAAUUCCUCGUUUAACCAGCAGUUUUCCGUGUUUCUACGAAUGAUAUUUUAAGAUAUUUUAAGAGUGUUAUACAUUUCUUCAGGUGAUCCUGUAGGUUCGUAGGUUCGUCAGGAUCUUUUCGGCUAGUCUUAUUCUAUACAAGAAGAUUGUGGAGUCGUGGUAAAAACUAUCUAGGUUAUACAUAUGCAGGUUGCCGAGAUGAGAAAUUAGGUCUUGCUUUUUCCUCUUAUUGCGUUACCUGUUUGUAUUUUAUGAGGGUUAAGGUUUUGAGUAAGUAGUGGCCUGAUCCACAAAAAUUUUGUUUGUGAUUGUUGUCUGGUUAUACAGUAGUCAAUGAUAGAUUUUAACCCCCUUUUACUUUGUUCCCACGUGAAUUUGUGGAUGUCUUUAUGUAUGAUACAGAGUUAAGUGACAUUCAUAUUAUUCAUGUUGGUAACAAGAUGACAUGACAGCGAGGUGACGGUGACAGGAGUCAGGUUCAGGGUUGUUAGGUGAGCGUUACCGGCAUGUGAAAUGUGAACUAGUUAUAAUUGUUACUCAUACAAUAAUUAUUAUCUAAUAUUGUA